AUGAAGCUGCAGGAUUUCGUCAAGUUCCUCGUUUGCGUUUUCGUGCUGUCCGCGAAACAGAUUCGCUGCGAGGAUCUCAACUCCCCUAACACUGGGGAGGAUGUAGUAAGAAGGACGCGUGGCAUUUUAGACAGCUUAUUCGGCAGGUUCAAAAGUUGCGGAAAUUGCAUGUGCGGGCGGCCUAAUCGGUCUGGUGAAGGACGACUCCUAGGUGGAGAAUAUACGCAAGCACACGAAUUCCCAUGGCUGGCGAACAUCCAUGUAAAAUCACAGUUACUCCUCAGUGGAGUUCUGAUAAACGAUCGCUACGUCUUAACCGCAGCUAGCCAACUGGUUAGCGUAACAGCACCGGAGAUAAAAGUGACCCUUGGAGAACACGAUCGAUGCAAUUUAGAUGUAUCAUCGGCAAGAGUUAGCGUAGAAUCUCUAAGUCUGUAUCCAGAAUACAAUCCAGACUCACACGCUCACGACUUGGCACUGAUAAAAUUGAGCCAAUCGAUUAAAUUCGAAAGGAGGAUGUCGCCUAUCUGCUUACCCAAUCCAGGUUCGACUUACCUUGGACAAGUAGGAACCUUGGCUGGAUGGACAAUAAGUAAAACAGAGGACAGCAACAACAAUCAAACCUGUCGACCGCGAAAAUUAGGCCUUCCAAUUUUGGGUUACAAUGAAUGUAUAAGGUCCGGAUUAAAUCCCACGAAUUUUCACAAUGACUCCGGCUGCGCUGGUGUUUUGGGCGGGAGUUCCAUCGUAUGCGAGAACGACGUAGGUUCUUCGGUGCAAUAUCGUUCGUAUGCAGGAGUUUAUGAUCUCGUUGGAAUAAUUUCGGAUAUAAACGAAUGCGGCACCGUCCCUGCAGUUUCGAUUUUCACGAGAGUGGGUCCUCAUUUGAACUGGCUGUUACAACAAACCAAAGAUGCGUGCUACUGUACUAAAUAG